CCGGAGGUUGUCUCCUGGUUCUUACGUCCUCGUCAUGUGCCAUGCAAACAAACUCUUCAUUUUGUCUUCUUUCUGUUUCCUCUUGAAGAAUAAAUGUUUCAUCUGGUUGUUGUUUGUUUGUCGUCCUUUGUUCCUCCUGCAGGUGGACCGGACGGAGGUGAUUCGCAGCUGCGUGAACCCGACCUACUCCAAGGUCUUCACGUUGGACUUUUAUUUUGAAGAGGUGCAGCGACUGCGCCUGGAGCUCUACGACGUCAACAGCAGCCACAACGGCCUGAAGGAGGCUGACUUCCUGGGCUCAGUGGAGUGCACGCUGGGACAGAUCAUCUCUCAGAGGAAUGUGUGCAAAGCUCUGCUCAGACCAGGAGGCAACGUGGGGAAAGCCAUCAUCACGAUCACAGCAGAGGAGCUGACGGGGAACGACGACUACAUCGAGCUCUCGUUCAGCGCCAGAAAACUGGAUGACAAGGACUUCUUCAGUAAAUCCGACCCGUUCCUGGAGAUCUACCGAGUGAACGACGACGCCACGAUGCAGCUCGUCUACAGAACGGAGACGGUGAUGAAUAAUCUGAACCCGGUGUGGAAAACCUUCAAAGUGUCUCUCAACUCGCUCUGCAGCGGAGACCACGAACGCAAGCUGCAGUGCACCGUGUGGGACUGGGACUCGAACGGGAAGCACGACUACAUCGGUGAGUUCGAGGCCUCGUUCAAAGAGAUGAGAGGAGCCAUCGAUGGACGACAGGUGCAGUGGCCAUGCUUGAAUCCCAAAUACACAGUCAAGAAGAAGAACUACAGGAACUCUGGGAUCGUCAUUCUGAACCAGUGCAAGAUCAUCAAGAUGCACUCCUUCCUGGAUUACAUCAUGGGAGGCUGUCAGAUCCAGUUUACAGUAGCCAUCGACUUCACGGCGUCUAACGGAGAUCCUCGAAACAGCUGCUCUCUGCACUACAUCCACCCGUACCAGCCCAAUGAGUACCUGAAGGCCCUGGUGGCCGUGGGGGAGAUCUGCCAGGACUACGACAGUGACAAAAUGUUCCCGGCGUUUGGCUUCGGAGCUCAGAUCCCUCCUGACUACAAGGUCUCCCACGACUUUGCAGUGAAUUUUAACGAGGAGAACCCAGAGUGUGCAGGUAUCCAGGGCGUGGUGGAGGCCUACCAGGCCUGCCUCCCCAAACUGCAGCUCUACGGUCCCACCAACAUCGCCCCCAUCAUCCAGAAGGUCGCCAACUCCGCCUCGCAGGAGGUCCACACCAAAGAGGCCAUGCAAUACUUUAUCCUGCUGAUCCUGACGGACGGCGUCAUCACCGACAUGGCCGACACGAGGGAGGCCAUCGUCCAGGCCUCCCACCUCCCGAUGUCCGUCAUCAUCGUUGGCAUCGGGAACGCCGACUUCAGCGACAUGCAGAUGCUGGACGGCGACGACGGGAUCCUGCGAUCGCCCAAAGGAGAGCCCGUCCUCCGGGACAUCGUCCAGUUCGUCCCCUUCCGCAACUUCAAACACGCGUCUCCAGCUGCUCUGGCUAAGAGUGUGUUAGCAGAGGUGCCCAACCAGGUGGUUGACUACUACAACAGCAAGGGCAUCAAGCCCAAAGUGCCCAGCCAGUACCAGUCUUCCAGGCAGUUCGGCCCCUGAGCGCCGCCGCCCCUCCCCCACCCUCAGACAGCACAACCUCUCCCAGACUGAGAAUAAUGUUUACUGUCUUUUGUUCUUUGUUGAUGCGCAUGUUAAAGGUGCUGCAUGCAGCAUUUUGCCACGAGGAAGGGGCUCAUUUAAAGAUUUGAUCAGACUCCACACUGCAUUUUACGUUGGGAGGGAUUUUACAGGUUGGACCAAUAGGAAGUUCUGAUGGAUUGCUUUAUGGCACAAAAAAAAAAAGAGUAGCGUAGCAGGUGCAGGUGCUGGUUACAGUGGUUUACCAAAACAGUCAAAGUAGCUGAGGAGCAACAAUUCAAAGAGCGAUGUGAUAAAACGUGUGCUUUCCGUAACGAGGGGAGCGGCGUGUCCUGAUGCAAUGUAGUUCAUCAAACCCUGCAAUGAUGCUGACGGUUUGUGGAGCUAAAGCGUGUUUUUCAAGCAAAUAAUUCGUGGUCGAUGUGUUUCCCACUUCUAGUGUUCCUGAACACAGAAGAACAGGAAGUCUUGUUGAUCACGCAUAAGAACCAAGACAUCGUUUUGUUUUGCAGACCUGAGUACGGGACACGAGGGGUAAUACCUUAGAACUCGUAUCACGUGGGGGUAACAUCCUUCACGUCGUGAUCCAAGUUUUACUUCCCACUAGAAAGCAGAGUUUACACUUACUAGUAGCCAAUAAUAGCCUGUUUUUUAAAGCACAUUUGCUAGCUAUGUAGCAUUACUUUGGUUGAGCUUUUUUAGAAUUGUAGCUAAUGUUUGUGUUUCUCUUUUCUUUAAUGAUACUGUUUACAAUGAAAGCGGCUUCUCCAGCCCGCUCUCACCAAUUGGCGUAUGAACAACAUGGCAAUUUGCAAAUUCUGAAAGAGUAAUUUCUUCUUAAGUUUUGCUUGUGACAUGUUUUCUUGUUUUACUCAGUUUACGUUGUUAUUCUAAGACCAACCAUGAUGUUUUACCUAAAUUUCUGCUUUCACCGUAGUUUUGUUGCUUGAACGUAAAGAUGAUCGUGUUACUGAAACAACGUGGCGUUGAGUGACGAGUCUAAAAUGCGUAGUAAUGACACGUGGAAAUGAUGAUAUUUAUUUAUACGCCUUAUCGUGAUAUCGGGUUAAACAUUUCAUUAUCAGAAUCAGUUUAUUUCAGUGGAAUUUGCCCACGGAGGCAAAGUAAUCUAUGCAGAGAUUUCACGUAGAAGAAAGUUGCUGACUCGUGUUUGUCGUGUUGACCAAUUGGAAACCGUUUUGUGUCCAAAAGUUGUCAUAUUUGCUUUUUCGCACCAUCCAAUCUUACAUAAUCCUCCUAUGUCACAGUAUUAACUGCCAAAAUGUAUGGUACAAUCUAAACUUUAAAUUAUAGAUACACUUAAGUCCAGUUAGCAACUUAACCAGCUAAUCUGCUGACCAGAAGUUAGCUAACUAGUAGCAAGUAGGCGAGUCUGUUGAGCUGUUUUGGCUGACUAGCGUCUGCAAAUUACUGUCUAGCUAGCAUGUCGACAGUUAUUCACCAGCCACAGUAGCUCGCCAACGAGGCCUUUAAGUAGUCACCACAUCACCAGGCAUUGGCGGUGCCAGUUUUCAUGUGUGAUUGGACACGAAACACUCGCAGCCGCCAUCAUGAGUCAUCUAGUGAAGUCGUAGAGGUUUCUGGGAAAUGAGGCAGAGUAGCACUAAAAAUAUCAGUGAAGUGAGGAAGAACUUCGUAUCUUAUCUUGUGGUCCAACUUGGGUUCAAUGUGUAAAAAUGCUGACUGUCGCACCUUUAGCAUCCGUUGUGCAUGCGGGACCUGCAGAGGCUGAGCUGAUUGUAACAUUCAGGAGUGUUUUUAACGGACGUUAAUAGCACACAAACACACGACACUGACCAAUCCAAAGGCUGCUUCCCUGCAGACAGAAUGACAGGCAGGGAAACAGUCGAUGACGGAAUGUAUGAAACCCCCCACCCCCCCUGCUGGUUUGGUUUUAUAAGAGUUUAUCGAUAUUUUGCUAAAUUUCGUAAGGUUCGUACGUUGUAAAGCAUUUUGGAUCUCUGCCAGAUGAACAAGCAAGCUGCCUUCACAGACGUCUGCAUCCUCUACUGUUGUUUUUCUAAGGCGAGGCAGAUGCAUGAACUGUUGUUUUGCAUGCAAAUCUCCAUGCAGGACUCCUCGGUCCUUGUGGUUUCUGUUUCCUGGUAGUGAGUAAUAAGAGUAAUAAUGAUGUUUACAAUGUACCCGAUGAUGGCGAUGUUCUACUCUGAAGCAUGUUCAUGUGUAAAUGACAAUGUGUGAGUAGAUUUAAAAGCACAACCUGAGUAUCCUUGGAGAGAUUUUUAGACUAUGGUGAUAGAUUUUGUUCACUUUGUGCCACAACACCUGCCCAUCUCUCUUUCUGUCUUUGAUUAUACUGCUACUGGUUCACAUUUCCUUUUAUUGUUCAGUCUGGAACAAUCACAUCUGGCAUCCGGACCUUUAUAAGGGUGCAACCACAUUGUUGUGAGGACAUUUACUGUCAGCUUUAGACAACUUUCAGUGUAAAACUUUUUCACAUCUCAUCCAUCCAUCAAUUUUCCACCACUUAUGCAGAUCCAGUGGCAGCAAGGUAAACAAGGUAGUCGAGACGUCCCGAUUGCCAGGUGAAGGUAAGGAUUCUUUGUCAUCUAGAUCAUGGUAUAGAUAGAAGUGCUUAGUCAAAGACAAGUUGAUUGGUUCCAGGCAGCCUUUUUUUAAUGAUAGGAUCGGCAUAAGAUCUUGAAGAAUCGGAAAGAAGUCCAGCUGCCUUUGACUUAGUACUUCUAGAUAUACUUUUCCCACAUCCUCCAGCUUUUCCUGGGGGAUCCCAAGGUUUUCCCAGGCCAGAUGGGAUAAGUGAUAAUGAGAACAAAUUCUGGCUCUUCUCCCCUGUCCCCAUCUCGUAGGACAUGCUGGGGGAAAAAACUCCAGAAAGCGUCCAGGAGACAACUUAAUCACAUGCCAUGACCAUCUUAACUGGCUCCAUUGAGGGAAGUUAAAUAAAGCCCCUCAUUUAAUUCUUGCCAAUGUAAACCUAAAAUUCUACAGUUUGAUCAAAUCUUACAUCAGGAUCAAACUUCACAAUUCAUCCAUCCAUUUUGGGCCUUCGUCUCAAUGACACAAGGGUAAUAAACAAGGUAGUCCAGAAGUUCUCCCCAGCUACAACCUCCAGCUCAUCCUGAGGGAUUCCAAGGUAUUCCUUGGUCAACUGGGAUUAGCAAUCCCUCAAACUAAUUCUGGGUCUGCCCCAGUGUCUCAACAUGAAGGAGCAGCUGCUACUCCCAGCUCUUUCUGGAUGUCAAAGCUCUUUCUGAGCUCUGCACUCUCAUAUUCGUGUUCUCAUUCUUCCGGUCGUGUCCAAAAACUCAUGACCUACCGAUGAGGGUUGGAAUGUAGACUGGAAGAAUUGAGAGGUUUGCCUUCAACCCUCACAUCAAUCAACCUUUGAUGGAUCCGGAUCACGCUAUGCAAAGUAG